UCAAGAUGGCGGCCAAUGUGGGAUCGAUGUUUCAAUAUUGGAAGCGCUUUGAUUUACAGCAGCUGCAGAGAGAGCUCGAUGCCACAGCAACAAUAUUGGCUAACCGGCAAGAUGAAAGUGAGCAGUCUAGGAAAAAACUUAUUGAGCAAAGUCGUGAGUUCAAGAAAAACACUCCAGAGGACCUGCGCAAACAGGUAGCUCCAUUACUGAAGAGUUUCCAGGGAGAGAUUGACGCAUUGGGUAAAAGAAGCAAAGAAGCAGAGGCAGCCUUCUUGAAUGUUUAUAAGAGAUUAAUUGAUGUUCCAGAUCCGGUUCCGGCCUUGGAUUUAGGACAGCAGCUUCAGCUGAAGGUUCAACGUAUGCACGAUAUUGAAACAGAGAACCAGAAACUUAGGGAAACUCUAGAGGAAUACAAUAAAGAAUUCGCCGAGGUGAAAAAUCAGGAGGUUACAAUAAAAGCACUUAAAGAGAAAAUCCGAGAAUAUGAACAGACCCUGAAGAACCAAGCGGAGAAUAUAGCCCUUGAAAAAGAACAAAAGUUACAAAAUGAUUUUGCGGAGAAGGAGAGAAAAUUGCAGGAGACACAGAUGUCGACAGCCUCGAAGCUGGAAGAAGCCGAACACAAAGUUCAAGCUUUGCAAACAGCCUUGGAAAAAACCAGAACAGAACUAUUUGAUCUGAAAACAAAAUACGAUGAAGAAACUACUGCAAAGGCUGAUGAAAUUGAGAUGAUCAUGACAGACCUUGAAAGAGCAAAUCAGAGGGCAGAGGUGGCUCAGAGAGAGGCAGAGACCUUAAGGGAGCAGCUCUCGUCAGCUAACAAAUCUCUCCAACUUGCUACGCAGAUCCAGAAGGCACCUGAUGUGGAGCAGGCCAUCGAGGUGCUAACACGGUCCAGCUUGGAAGUAGAACUGGCUGCGAAGGAGCGGGAAAUCGCCCAGCUCGUAGAAGAUGUCCAGAGACUCCAGGGCAGCCUCACCAAGCUGCGGGAGAACUCCAGCAGCCAAAUCUCACAGCUGGAGCAGCAGCUGACCGCCAAGAACAGCACACUUAAACAACUGGAAGAAAAACUGAAAGGACAGGCUGAUUAUGAAGAGGUUAAGAAAGAAUUAAAUAUAUUGAAAUCCAUGGAGUUUGCACCAUCUGAAAGCUCUGGUGCGCAGGAUGCAUCUAAACCACUGGAGGUGCUGCUGCUGGAGAAGAACCGCUCCUUGCAGUCUGAGAACGCCACGCUGCGUAUCACAAAUAGUGACCUGAGUGGGUCAGCCAGGAGAAAAGGGAAAGACCAGCCUGAGAGUCAGCGUCCUGCAACCUUGCCGGCCUCCCCUCCUUCUCAGUUGCUCCGCAACACGGGGGAGCAGGCUUCCAAUACUAAUGGUACACACCAGUUCUCACCAACGGGUUUAAGUCAAGACUUUUUCAGCUCAUCCCUGGCGAGCCCCAGCUUACCCCUGGCCUCCACAGGAAAAUUUGCACUAAACUCUCUCCUCCAGCGACAGCUAAUGCAGUCCUUCUACUCCAAGGCAAUGCAGGAAGCAGGAAGCACAAGCAUGAUUUUUUCAACAGGUCCUUACAGCACAAACUCCAUAUCUUCCCAAAGUCCAUUACAACAAAGUCCGGACGUAAAUGGCAUGGCCCCGUCUCCCAGCCAGUCAGAAAGUGCUGGGAGCAUCUCUGAAGGCGAGGAGAUAGACACAGCUGAAAUUGCACGUCAGGUGAAAGAGCAAUUGAUCAAGCACAAUAUUGGACAGCGGAUAUUUGGACAUUAUGUGUUGGGACUGUCGCAAGGGUCUGUGAGUGAGAUACUAGCCCGGCCAAAGCCAUGGAAUAAACUGACUGUGAGAGGCAAGGAGCCAUUUCAUAAAAUGAAGCAGUUCCUCUCGGACGAGCAGAACAUCUUGGCCCUUCGCAGCAUCCAGGGUAGACAAAGAGAGAAUCCAGGCCAGAACCUGAACAGACUAUUUCAGGAAGUACCGAAACGAAGAAAUGGGUCUGAAGGUAAUAUAACCACAAGAAUCCGAACCACAGAGACUGGCUCUGAUGAAGCCAUCAAAUCCAUUCUCGAACAAGCCAAAAGGGAGCUGCAAGUACAGAAAACAGCUGAGCCGGCUCAGCCGCCUUCUGCAUCUAGCAGUGGCAAUUCUGAUGAUGCUAUUCGAUCCAUUCUGCAACAAGCCCGACGUGAAAUGGAGGCACAGCAGGCUGCCCUUGAACCUGCCUUAAAAACACCACCUUUAUCUCAAGCUGACAUUUCUAUCCUGUCCCCCAAACUAGUAUCUACACCUGCAAUGUCUUCGGUUUCCAGCUAUUCUCCUUUGGCCAUAUCCCUGAAGAAACAUUCAUCUGUCACUGAUUCCAGUAUCUCUGCAUUGCAGAACCUCUCUGGGCUCAAAAAGGAGCCUCAGGAGGCACCUGUUUUAGAGCUUCAUGGAAUAAGUGAUUCUGCCCAGGGUAUGUUGAGGCAUGUUAAAAAUGAGUUGGGACGUGGUGGUGUUUGGAAGGACCAUUGGUGGAAUACUGUGCAGCAUGAGAGAAGAAAUACAGCUCUUCCCGAAGAUAUAAAAGUUGAGGAAGCCAGUGGUGGAAAAGAAAAGGUCAGCAAUCAGACUAGGCCAGAUCGUAGCCAGCUCCAAGGACCAUCUUCUUCAGAGUAUUGGAAAGAGUGGCCAAACGCUGAAUCUCCGUACUCCCAGAGUUCUGAAUUGAGCAUGACUGGGGCGAGUCGCAGUGAGACACCACAAAAUAGCCCCCUCCCUUCAUCCCCUAUCGUGUCUUUGUCAAAGCCAUCCAAACCUUCAGUUCCUCCACUGACACCCGAGCAGUAUGAGAUUUAUAUGUACCAGGAAGUGGAUACGAUAGAGCUAACGCGGCAGGUCAAAGAAAAGCUAGCAAAGAAUGGCAUCUGCCAAAGGAUCUUUGGGGAAAAGGUAUUGGGGCUGUCCCAAGGAAGUGUCAGUGACAUGCUCUCCAGGCCAAAGCCAUGGAGUAAAUUGACCCAAAAAGGCCGAGAACCAUUUAUUCGUAUGCAGCUCUGGUUGAAUGGUGAGCUGGGACAGUGUGUCCUGCCUGCACAAGGGCAGCAACAAGGACAAGUCCUUCACUCUGUGACAUCAUUACAGGAUUCCCUACAGCAGGGAUGUGCAAGCUCAGAAAGCACUCCAAAGACUUCUGCCAGUUGCAGUCCUGCUCCUGAAUCUCCCAUGAGUUCCAGUGAAUCAGUGAAAAGCCUGACUGAAUUGGUACAGCAACCCUGUCCCGCUAUAGAGACAAGUAAGGAUGGCAAAUCCCAAGAAUCUAGCGAGCCGCCUGCUUCUGAAUCCCAGUCUACAACACCUUUGCCGCUGUCGGGCCACUCGGCACUCAGCAUUCAAGAACUGGUUGCUAUGUCCCCUGAGCUGGAUACGUAUGGCAUUACGAAGAGGGUCAAAGAAGUGCUAACGGACAACAAUCUUGGUCAGCGUUUGUUUGGGGAGACAAUCCUAGGGCUAACACAAGGCUCUGUCUCAGACCUUCUGGCUCGCCCGAAGCCCUGGCACAAGCUGAGUUUGAAGGGACGGGAACCCUUUGUCCGCAUGCAGCUGUGGCUGAACGAUCCCAACAACGUGGAGAAGCUGAUGGAUAUGAAACGAAUGGAGAAAAAAGCCUACAUGAAACGGCGACACAGCUCUGUUAGUGACAGUCAGUCUUGUGAGUCCUCAUCCGCUGGAAUAGACUACAGCCAGGGAGCCAGCCCGCAGCCGCAGCAUCAGCUGAAGAAGCCCCGGGUGGUGCUGGCACCGGAAGAGAAAGAAGCUCUGAAACGAGCCUACCAGCAAAAGCCAUACCCAUCACCAAAAACCAUUGAGGAACUCGCUACGCAGCUCAACUUGAAAACCAGCACCGUGAUCAACUGGUUCCACAAUUACAGGUCUCGCAUCCGCCGGGAGCUGUUCAUCGAGGAGAUCCAAGCCGGGAGCCAGACCCAGGCUGGGUCGAGCGACUCUCCUUCUGCCAGAAGCAGCAGGGCCGCUCACAGCUCCGAGGGAGACAGCUGCGAUGGCGUGGACGCAGAAGGCCCACCUGAAGGAAAGCCAAGUGGCCCGGAGGCGGAUGAGUACAGCAAUGCAACCACAAAGUCUCAGGGAGGGCCAGCGGAGUCGGCUUUCGAAGCGGGGGAAGAGGCACUGCAAGGCGCCAGGUCUUCGGAGAAAGCGGAGCCGUUCCAGGCGGAGAGCCUGGAGGACACCGACGACGAGGGCAGGCUCAGAGCACCGCGCCAGAGCUCUCCGCCGGCAUCGCAGCGCCCAGGAGAAGCUCUGGAGACACUGCCAAACUCUGCCACGGAAGGGGAUGCCUCUACCUCAGCUGCCUCCACCUCAGUCCUUACAGGGGAGAGCUCCUACAAGUCAAAAGAAAGUUCAGAGAAAAUCUCCAGUGUGCCAAGUACGAGCUCGACGCCGGCCACAGGCUCGCAGAAAGCCAACUCUCUUCAGAGCUUGUUCGGCUUCUCCGAGGCGGCGAGCUCCAGGAACACACGAGACAGCUCCUUGAGGAAAAAGAAAGCGGCAAACUUGAACAACAUCAUCCACCGCUUGGAGAAGGCUGCGAGUCGAGAAGAGGCCGUCGAGUGGGAGUUUUGAGAUUAAACUCGCCCAACUCUGGAGAGCUGGGAAGUGAAACUGGACCUCUACUGGUUUUAUUGUGUUGCGCACUUAACCGCCCUGCAGGCCACAGGGCAAAAACGCCAUAGGCCAAGGUGCAUAUAGAAAACAAAAAGGAGCGUUAAGCCCAAUUUAUGUUUGUGUUUUCGAGGAAGAAAACUGAAAUGUGUAGUCAAGCUUUUUUGUACCCUGAAGUGUUUUUAUUAUUGCCCUAAGUGAUUUCCACAAUUUCUGGAAUAACUCAUACAGCUUUGCCUUGUGCCCUCCUCUUUGGUGUGGGCUUUAAAAAAAGAAAAACAGAAAAAAAAGAAAAAAAAAAUCAAACCCACAUAUUAAAAGGGGGCUUUUUAUCUGCCAUCUAAUGGCUACAGAGCGAUAAUACACUAUUAUCUUCUUAAACCAGGAAAAAAGGGGAGAUUUUUCAAAAAAAAAAAGAAAAAAAAAAGAAAGUUUUUUGUAGCUGUUCAGUUGCCACUAAGAGAUUGCACAGUCAACCGACUCUAAACACACUAGUUUGGAUUCCUACAUAUUUUCAAGAAAAGAAAAGAAUCUUGUUGUUUGAAACUUUGAAUUAAAAAAAAAACACAUUUACUCCACAUAUUUUUUAACAAAACAAAAAAAAAGUCACAUCAGGAAAAUAUCUUAAUUUGUGGUAGCUGACUUAGUGUUUUCUUGUAAGUGAAAUAGAAUAUUGACACGUAGUGCACAUUGUUUCAUAGCUUUAACUGAUUCUGGUCUUUUGCAGACCAGAAUUUGUUUAAUACACUCCAUUUUAGGCCAAAUCAGGACAAAAAAAAAAUCUGAAUCUAGGUAUUUUAUAAUCUGCUUUUUAACCUCUAACCACAGAGCACGCUGAUCAGACCUCAUAUCUAGGAGGUUUAGGAGACAACUUAGAAACAGCAUGUACUUGAUCAUUUCACUUGGUUCGUAGUGUACAGAAUUUCCUUUCAGUAAAGACAGAUCGCUCAAAAAAUGUUGGCCAGUAACAUUUCAGCCUGCUACUUCGGGGACGUAUUCUGUUAACCCGAAAUAUUCAGCUUACCUGGAAUCGAUUAAAAUGUAGUUCACGUGUACAAUUGCUGUCACACACCACUAAGAGGGGACUGGAGCUGCCUCAGAUAGAGACCUUUUCCUGCUGUUGGUGGCCAGUUACUGACUCUCUUCCCACCACAAGCACUGAUUUUAAAUACGUUUUAGUUGUGGGAAGCUUAUUUUUGCGUGGAUAAAGAGUACAUGGCAAUGACCAGAUGGGCUCUUACCGGGACGGAAGUAGCCCAGACUCCAAACCAAAACAUUCGUGCUCUCGAGUCCCAGUCUAGACCAUUCUGCCCUGCAGAAAUACAGCCUUUUGCCAUUAUGUUAUGCACAGGUUAGGGCUGAUCAAAGUACAAAUCAAAUUCUAACUUGUCUCUAACUCCUCCUGUUGUCUAUAUGUAUAUGCGUGAGCAUAGAGGUGUGUGGAAGGAUGUGUGUGCGUGAGUGUGUGCGUGCAAUUUUAUACGUCUGUGUAUUUUCUUACGUACUUGUGCACACAUAGAGUGCAUUACUGCCACCUUUUUUCAAUAAGCUGUUUUAUCAGUUAUGGCUUCUACAAGUUUGCUAAUUUAGACUCCUUUAUUGCCAUAUCUUUAAAACUAACAAUAGAUGAUUUCGGAAUAUAUAUAUAUAUAUAAAUAUAUAUAUAUAUAAUUUUUUUUUGCUUAUUUAUAGGUGCUGUAUUUUAUUAUCUGAUUGUUAGGAAGGGAUGAAAGGGGGCAAAUAUUCUUUAGAGGGAUAGACUGCCGGCAGUAUUGGGUAUAAUUUACAAGAUGUAGUUGUCAUACUGUAUAUUAUUGAUUGAAGACUUUUUGACCGUAUUGUGUAUCAUUGAACUUUUGUCUUAGGUCAGCAUCUUUUUGAUGACACUUUAAUGGUGCAUUCAUUACUUCUUAAGUUUAAUUAAUAUUACU